UAUGGAUCAAAGCUUAUCUGGAGCUGGUAAAACAACUUUAUCAUUCGCUUUGGAAGAAUACCUCGUUGCUCAGGGUAUACCAUCCUAUAGUUUGGAUGGAGAUAAUAUUCGUCAUGGAUUGAACAAGAAUUUGGGCUUUACUCCAGAGGACAGAGAGGAAAAUAUUCGUAGAAUUUCAGAAGUUUCAAAACUUUUUGCCGAUGGGGGAAUAGUCUGUCUAACCAGCUUUAUCUCACCAUAUAGGAACGACAGAGAUAAAGCUCGAAAAUUGCACGAAUCCGCAAACCUUCCAUUCUUCGAGAUAUUUGUCGAUACACCUCUUUCUCUUUGCGAAGAACGUGACGUGAAAGGUUUAUAUAAGAAGGCCAGGGCAGGCCAAAUCAAAGGCUUUACCGGAAUAGACUCAAAGUAUGAGGAACCUCACUCUCCAGAAUUACGCGUUAAAACUGGGCAGAGUUCUGUAGAAGAAUGUGUAUCACACAUUGUUGAAUUACUCCAGAAAAAUGGUAUUGUUCCAAUGGCCUCGACUAACAUGGUUCAUGAGUUAUUCGUGCCAGCUGACCGAAUUGAAGCUGCAAAAGUCGAAGCAGCAGGUUUACCUGUUUUGGAAAUCAACAAAUUAGACCUGCAAUGGGUUCAAGUUCUGAGUGAAGGAUGGGCGACACCACUUUCAGGAUUUAUGAGAGAGAGCGAAUUUCUGCAUUCCCAACACUUUGGUGUUCUCUGCUUGGACGGUGGUACCUCUAACCAAUCAAUUCCUAUCGUUUUGCCAGUUACAACAGAAAACAAAGAACGCUUAGCAAGCUCUCCCGCUAUUUCAUUAAGCUACGAGGGAAAAAUCGUUGCAAUCCUCCGUACUCCAGAAUUUUACGAGCAUAGAAAGGAAGAAAGAUGUAGUAGGCAAUGGGGUACUGCUAAUCCUGGUCAUCCGUAUAUUAAAACGGUUAUGGAGAGCGGAGAUUGGUUGUGUGGUGGUGAUCUGGAGGUUUUUGAAAGAAUCCGCUGGAAUGACGGUCUCGACGAGUACAGAAAAACCCCCACUGAACUGAGACAAAAGUUCAGAUCGAUGAAUGCCGAUGCAGUUUUUGCUUUCCAAUUGCGUAAUCCAGUGCAUAACGGACAUGCUCUGUUAAUGACAGAUACAAAGAGAAAGUUGAUCGAGCGGGGAUAUAAAAAACCCGUACUUCUGCUACAUCCUUUAGGAGGUUGGACCAAGGAAGACGAUGUUCCACUUGCGUGGAGAAUCAAGCAGCAUUUAGCCAUUAUGGAUGAGGGUGUACUCGAUCCCGAAUCUACCGUUUUGGCAAUAUUCCCUUCGCCAAUGAUGUAUGCCGGACCAACUGAAGUUCAAUGGCACUGCAAAGCUCGAAUGGCAACAGGAACAAACUUUUACAUUGUCGGUAGAGAUCCAGCUGGAAUGCCUCAUCCAGAUACCAAGCAAGAUUUGUAUAAUCCAACACAUGGAGCUAAAGUUCUUACUAUGGCUCCAGGACUAAAUCAAUUAGAGGUUAUACCGUUCAAAGUAGCAGCAUACAAUAAAAACAAAUCUGCCAUGGAUUUUGUCGAUUUCUCCAAAAAAGACGAUUAUUUGUUCAUCAGUGGGACGAAAAUGAGAAGUAUGGCAAGAGCUGGUGAAAACCCUCCUGAAGGUUUUAUGGCUCCGAAAGCUUGGAAAGUUAUGGUCGAAUACUAUCAAUCAAUCAAGCAGAAAUAA